GAGAAGCCAUAUCAUUGUUCUGAAUGUGACAAAACAUUUACAAGCAAGAGAUACCUUAUAAUACACCAAAGAGUUCACACUGGAGAGAAGCCAUAUCAGUGUUCUGAAUGUGAUAAUAAAGCUUUUACAGUGAAGUCAAGUCUUCUCACACACCAGAGGAUUCACACUGGAGAGAAGUCAUAUCAUGUUCUGAAUGUGAUAAAGCUUUUACAGAAGGUCAGAUUCUUAUCCAGACACCAGAGAGCCCACACUGAGAGAAGCCAUUUUUAA